CUUGUUCUUCCUAACUUUUUGUUUACUAACGUUGUUAGGCUUUACAUUAGUUAUUUGCUUCUAAGCGCGAGUUUUACAUGUAGUAAUGUCGGGUAAAGUAAAAAGAAUAAAGCUUUAAUUUGUAUUUUCUUCUAAUUGUGAGCGCUACGGGUGCCGCGAGGUUCCGAAUCCUCCUCGGCAUGUUUGUGCGGGGUUCCGCUUCCUCUCCUCUCCGCCAGGUUCCUCCUUGGACCGAACGAAGCACGGAGUGCCGGGAGCGAAAACCCGAAAAAGUCCACCGUCUCUGAGGAACAGCCGGUUCUUUGGAAAGUCUUGGCGAAAUCUCAGGCUCAACUCUGGACUUAAUCGGACUCGAACUUUGCAAACACUAGAGAACUUGUAGGGAUUUACCUGGAGAGCAGAAAUUCACAUUACUACCUCGAGUUGGCUCAACGGGUGAAUGUGCGUAUAGAUGUGUGACAGCGGAGUGUGUGAGGACAAGCCCCCCGCCCCCCCUGUCAGGAUGAGCAGCCAAGGAGGAGGAGCCAAGGAUACCCAGUCAGCCAAUCACAACUCUCGGCCACUUCCGUCCGAACCGGAGGAGAAGAAGUCCAGAAACAAGAUCAUUUCUAUUUUUGCCCCAGAGAAAGGAGGCAGGAAGAAGGACAAAGACAAGGACAGACCUGAGAUCUCCUCCCCCUCUGACUUUGAACACACUAUCCAUGUGGGCUUCGAUGCUGUUACAGGAGAAUUCACUGGAAUGCCGGAGCAAUGGGCUCGUCUCCUUCAGACCUCCAACAUCAGUAAGCUGGAGCAGAAACAAAACCCUCAGACUGUCCUCACCAUCCUCAAAUUCUACGACUCCACCAGUGGAAAGCAGAAAUACAUCGGUUCAGAUAAAGAUUCACAGUUGCCGGGAAAGCAGAGUACUGCCGCCUCACCGUCUGGGAAAGACGAUUAUGAUGACGACGAUGAAGAUAACACACCUCCUCCAGUUGUGGCUCCAAGACCACGUCACACAAUAUCUGACAAUACAAAGUCAGUCAUCGACCCAACUCCAGACACAGACAGUAACUCUCAGGCAGCAGACAAACAGAAGAAGAAGGGAGGCAAGAUGACGGAUGAGGAAAUCAUGGACAAACUAAGAACUAUUGUCAGUAUUGGAGAUCCCAAGAAAAAAUACACCCGCUAUGAAAAGAUCGGUCAAGGGGCUUCCGGCACAGUUUACACAGCCAUUGAUGUUGCCACUGGACAAGAGGUGGCCAUCAAACAGAUCAACCUGCAGAAGCAGCCAAAGAAGGAACUCAUCAUCAACGAGAUCCUGGUCAUGAAGGAGCUCAAGAAUCCCAAUAUUGUCAACUUUGUUGACAGCUUCCUGGUCGGCGACGAGCUGUUUGUGGUGAUGGAGUACUUAGCUGGAGGCUCUCUGACUGAUGUCGUCACAGAAACCUGCAUGGAUGAGGCUCAAAUCGCCGCCGUCUGUAGAGAGGUCCUGCAGGCUCUGGAGUUUCUUCAUGCCAACCAGGUCAUCCACAGAGACAUUAAGAGUGACAAUGUACUUCUAGGAAUGGACGGAUCAGUCAAACUCACGGACUUCGGCUUCUGCGCCCAGAUCACCCCAGAGCAGAGCAAACGCAGCACCAUGGUGGGGACUCCAUACUGGAUGGCUCCAGAAGUGGUGACCAGGAAAGCCUACGGACCCAAAGUGGACAUUUGGUCCCUGGGGAUCAUGGCCAUAGAGAUGGUGGAGGGAGAGCCUCCAUAUCUGAACGAGAAUCCUCUCAGAGCUUUGUAUUUAAUCGCCACCAACGGAACUCCUGAGCUCCAGAACCCGGAGAAGCUGUCCCCAGUCUUCAAAUCCUUCCUGUCCCGCUGUUUGGAGAUGGACGUGGAGAAGCGAGGUUCAGGAAAAGAACUGCUGCAGCAUCCAUUCCUGAAGAUGGCAAAACCUCUUUCCAGCCUGACUCCUCUCAUCCUGGCAGCCAAAGAAGCCAUGAGGAGCAACCGUUAACUCUCAUUCUAAGAACUGUUGGAGAUUAUUUUUCUAUCUGGGAUUAAUAGAGUGUUAUAGAGUGGAUCCAAAGCCACAGACGGUCAGCAUCUUCUUCUGAUCUGCAUAGGAUGACUAUCAGCGAUCAGCUUUACUUUUUUUCCCCAGUUUUUACGAAACACUCCUUUGUACCAAAACCGUUUGUGAUUCCAGAUCGUCUAAAACUGCAGCAGAAUUCUCUGUUUGAACAACAAUCAUUGAGAUUUUUCCAUUUUUUAAAUGUUCUCACAAAAAAUGAAUUCAAUUUGAACAACAAUCAUAAACGUAAUAGUUUUUUCUUAAUCUUCUGCUUAAAAAAAUUCUAAAAAGCUCCACAUUUAGUUGUUUUUGACCAUGAAAAUCCAAAGUGUCCUUAGACUGCACUGUAAAACACUGCAGUCACCUAAAAUCAUCUUCUAUUACAUUAAAUUUAUGAUUUUUACAGGCACCAAAACAAUUUUUAUUGCAUGAACUCAUAAUAAAGUGCACAAACUGCAGCUUUAGUUCAUCUUUAUUAGGUCAUUUUGUCAUAGAUUAGUACAUAUUUGUUCUUCUGUGGCCUUGUGUUCACAAAAACUGUAUGAAACUUUUUAAAUUUAACCCGCAGGAAGAUAUUUUUUCAUAUAUUGUAUAAUGUCCUAUAUUUUUAACAACUUUUUUUCAUCUGUAUAUCUUUGUUUAAUGUUUAUAACUAACAGCAGAACUCGGUUCACUUUUUUUUUUUUUUUACAAAUUUAUUUUUCUCAUGUUUCCUUCAAGUUCAGGUUUAGAUGUGAUCAUUUCCCUGAUAGUGCAGUUAAGCCAUAAACGCUGCAGAACGUCAUGAAUUAUUGGACAUGUUUAGAAGAGUCACUUUUUUUUGUUGUUUUUGUUUUAUUAUUCCAAAAUCAGACCUGUUUGUCACAGAAUAA